AUGAGACCAGUUGUGAGCACUCCACCGUCACGGAGGAAAUCGCGCCCCCCUCAGCGAAGGUCUCCUCCUCCCCCUCCUCCUUCUCCUCCAUCACCAUUGCCUUCCACAAGUAAGAUAGUGACACUAAUUCUGCCUGCGUAACCCUUAGCCUGAUAGAGAAUUUGUGGCACUGAACUUAAUAGGUUUAAUAAGCUAAUAAAUGGAAAAAAAAACCUGCUCUGGGUGCUGGUAAUCCUUGCUCUAUGGUUUAGACUGGGCUAAUGCUUGUUUGAUUGACAGGUCCUAGGAGAGAGAGAACUUCUGGUCGCAGGAAGCGGUUCAGGCCGGGUACUCGAGCUCUGAUGGAGAUACGCAAAUAUCAGAAAUCUACUGAGCUCCUCAUCAGAAAGGCUCCAUUCCAAAGACUGGUGAGGGUUACACAGUGCAAUGUACAGGGCCUCACUUACUGCAGGCCGAGCCUGAGUUCACUAUGUUUUCUUAGCAGCAGUUUUAAUAUUCUGCUUUCUCUUAAGAGAAUCCGCUGAUCAGGUUUCUAUGGUUUGAUACCCACACAUUCAGUUAAACGUUUGCCUUCCUUAUGAGGUUUUAAUGAAGGUAUCACUGCUUUUCUAAGAGAAGGGGUGUAGGAACUUGAAUAUACAAUGGGCAUGAGGAAAGGAACACUCAAAUGAAGGGAGAAAAAGAAAGAAAAGAAAAAAACACGACCGAGCCGCUUUACUUGUUUUUCAUAUUCUACAGCGCUGCGGAAUAUGUUGGUGCUAUAUAGAUAAUUGUAAUUUCCCUAUUCUGGUACAUAUUGUAUAGUGUUCUGAUUGGUGUCUGUGCAGGUCAAGGAGGUCGGCAUGAUGUGCACACGAGGGGUGUCUUAUAUGUGGCAGUCGAUGGCAAUCAUGGCUCUGCAAGAAGUGAGUACAUUCUUCCCUCACCAAACCUUUCUUCUCUCCUCAUACUUUCUGUUGAGAUCUGGAAAUAAAAUGAGACAGGGUCGCUUUCCUGCACCCAAUUACAUUGUUGCCUUUUUAGAAUGAGUUGAGAAAGAUGUAGAGAAUUAUCCGUCUUCCUACAGAGUGGUGUUAUCACAGAUUAACCCAAAUUUGCAGCGUUUGUACUGCUAUAUUCUGACACAAAUGUUUGAAACAUAAGCCUAACUUUUGUGUACAGGUUUUAACUAAUCUUUGGCAAUUAGGUUUAAAAAAAAGAAAAGAGUCAAAACAGUGAAAUGGACAUAAAAUAAAAAUACUGAUCAGGAGUCCUCCAUGGCCCAAAGUAUUAUUUCCCCCCCCCCUUUAUCAUAGCAAUACUUCUGCAUGUAGAGUCCUCAUAGGGACAAUAGUAUAUGUCAUUUGAACAAGCUGCUUUCAUUAUAGAAUGCUGUGCUGUCCUGAUGUAUCCAAGCCAUUCUCUACUUCCCAUCCUUUUUUUUUUUUUUUUCCUUCUCCCCUUCUCCCCAUUCUGUCCUGUCUUCCUGUACCUAGAAUUAUACUCUUCUCUCCUCCUGUUCCUAAUACUACAUUCGCUCCUCUUCACGGUCUCCAUACAUCUGAUUGUGCUCUCUUGCAGGCAGCAGAGGCUUUCCUUGUACGUCUAUUUGAAGAUUCCUAUCUCUGCAGUAUCCACGCCAAGCGAGUCACCCUCUACGUUAAGGACAUGCAGCUGGCUCGACGCAUAAGGGGAAUCCAGGAAGGACUGGGUUGA